AGCUCCCUCCCCAAAUUCGGCAGGUGGGCGUGGUCACGCCGGUGCUGUGAUUCUCAACGCAGAGCUUGGAGAGAAGCGCGCUGGACACGCAGCCGAGCAAGAUCUUAAUAACUCAAUUCAAAACGGCUUUGUAAUCAAAUAAAUAAAAGCAGUUUUUAAAAAAACAACAACACCAUGACUUCGGCGCCGCAGCAGCAGCAGGAUUCAAACGCGCUGUUUUCUGCGUUCGCCGGGCUGGGAGCCGUCGUGUUUGCUUUGUACGCUGUGAAGUACUCUUGGGGUAUUUUGCGCGGUGUGAGGAUUUAUAUUCUCUCAGAAAUUUGGAAGGUGGAUGUUUCGAUAUUUGGGAAGUGGGCAGUUGUAACGGGAGCCACGUCUGGCAUUGGAAAGGCGUACGCACACGAGCUCGCUAGGAGGGGUCUCGAUGUCGUGCUGAUCAGCAGAUCACUGGAGAGACUGAACCAGGUUGCCUCUGAGAUAGAGCAGCAGUACGGUCGCAGUACGAGAGUGAUUCAAGCAGACUUCACUGACGGGCACCGAAUCUACCAGCACAUUGAGGAGGGGCUCGCGGGGCUGGAGAUCGGCAUCCUGGUGAAUAACGUGGGGAUGAACUACGCUGCCACGCUGGUCUUCUUACUGGACAUCCCGAACCCAGGGCAGAGAAUCUCUGAUGUUCUCAACUGCAAUGUGGUGUCGAUGACCCAGAUGACGAGGAUUGUAUUGCCACAAAUGAUCCAAAGGAAGAAAGGUUUGAUUAUAAACAUCUCCUCUGAAGCUGGUGCCCAUCCACACCCAAUGCUGACCCUAUACUCUGCAACCAAGGGCUUCGUUAAUUUCUUCUCUCGCUGCCUGGAGUCUGAGUACAGAGGCGAGGGAAUCACAGUGCAGUGUGUGGCCCCUUUACUGGUCUCGACCAACAUGACGUGGAACAUGGGAACGAACGCGCUGGUGAAGAGAGCCGACGACUUCGCCAGAGAGGCUCUGAACACGGCCGGGCUCAGCAGCUUCACAUCCGGCUGCCUUUCACACGCACUGCAGCACUUUGUAAUUGAUCACCUCCUCCCUGGGUGGCUGCGUCUGGCCGCAUUUAAUGUUUAUCAGACAGCAACGAGAAAGAAGACUGAAGCCAUAUUCCGCGGAACCUGCAAACAGGAGUGAGGGGGCCCGGGGGGAGGACACAUUUCACUGCCGGACCAGGAAAUCACAAGCCAUGAUCCACAGAACCUACAACAAACAGGAAACUAGGAUUGGGGGGGGGGGGGGGGAGUACGAGGGGACAUUUUACUGACAGACCGGAUCAGUUCAUCCUGAAAUGUUUGUCUACUUGACCAUGUUUAAAAAAAAGAAUAAUAAUAAUUAAGGAUUGAGCAGUUUUAGCUGAAACUGAAGUUAUUAAAAAGAAAACAAACAAAAAAAAAAUCACUACUUUUAAUUUACUUUUAUUUUUACAAAAAUAAAUUGUACAUUAAAUUCAAAAUAAAUUCUGUUUUAAUAAAAAAAAAAAAGUUAAAAACUUUUAAA